AUAACCCAUAAAAAUAAAUCAAAAUCCAAGAAGAAAAAUUUAGUCAUAAGGAGAGAAAGAUUUCCAAAAGGCUUUUCCCCAUAAAGCAAGAAUCUACAAACCCCCACCGCUUCUCCCCUCCGCCAUCAACGCCACCAUCUCCUCCUCCUCCUCCUCCUCCCUCCCUCCCUUCCUUCCUAUCUGCACCGGACGACGAUGACACCAUGACGAUGGCCACCGCCACGUCGCCGCCGCCGCCGCAGCAGCACCAGCCGAGGGCCGUGCGGAAGCUCCUCGUGGAGGUGAUCGACGCGCGGGACCUGCUGCCCAAGGACGGGCAGGGCAGCUCCAGCCCGUACGUCAUCGUGGAGUUCGACAACCAGAAGAGGCGCACCUCCACCCAGUACCGCAACCUCAACCCGGCAUGGAACGAGGCCCUCGAGUUCGUCGUCUCCGACCCGGAGAACAUGGCCUACGAGGAGCUCGACGUCGAGGUCUUCAACGACAAGAGGUACGCCGCCGGCGGCGGCGGCCGGAAGAACCAUUUCCUCGGCCGGGUCAAGCUGUACGGGUCCCAGUUCCAGAAGCACGGGGAGGAGGGCCUGGUGUACCACCAGCUGGAGAAGAAGAGCGUCUUCAGCUGGAUUCGCGGCGAGAUUGGGCUGAGGAUCUGCUACUACGACGAGCUCGUGGAGGAGCAGCCGCCCCCACCGCCCCAGACGCCGCCGCCGGAGGAGGCGGCGCAGCAUCAUCACCCUCCGACGACCGCGGAGCUCCACGAGGGGCCGGGGGUGGCGGUGGGGAUGAAGCCCCCGCCGGUGAUGGUGGUGGAGGAGGGCAGGGUCUUUGAAAUGCCGCCGGGGGAAUGCUGCCCGCCGCCGGUGCCGCUCCGGCGCCCCGACCGGUCGCCCUCCCCGCCCGUGGUCGUCAUCGAGGAGUCGCCGCCGCCGUCCCACACGGUGCACUUCCGCCCCGGGCCGCCCCCGCCCGAGGCGAUGCAGCAGCAGCCGCAGGUGACGACGUACCAGCACCUCCCGGGGGCCGCUCACCCCGCCCAGGCGGCGGCUGCGGCGGCGGCGGCGGAGGCGACGAUGCAGUACCCCCCGCCGGAGGUGCGGCGGAUGCAGGGCGCGCGGGUCGGGGAGAGGGUCCGGGUCGUGCGGCGGCCGGCGAGCGGCGAUUUCUCGCCGCGGGUGAUAUCGUCGCGCCACCAGAGGUUCGCGUCGGAGACGGAGCGGAUCCACCCCUACGAUCUCGUCGAGCCGAUGCAGUACCUGUUCAUCCGGAUCGUCAAGGCGCGCGGCCUCGCCCACAACGACAGCCCCUACGUCAAGGUCGGCACCGCCACCCACCGCGUCCGCUCGAAGCCGGCGGUCCACCGCCCCGGCGAGCCGACUGACUCGCCGGAGUGGCACCAGGUCUUCGCCCUCGGCCACAACAAGCCCGAGUCGACCAGCUCGACCCUCGAGAUCUCCGUCUGGGACUCCCCAUUGGAGAGCUUCCUCGGCGGCGUCUGCUUCGACCUCUCCGACGUGCCGGUCCGCGAUCCGCCCGACAGCCCGCUGGCGCCGCAGUGGUACCGCCUCGAGGGCGGCGACGCGGCGGAGCGGAGCCGCGUCUCCGGCGACAUCCAGCUCUCCGUCUGGAUCGGCACCCAGGCCGACGACGCGUUCCCGGAGGCGUGGAGCUCCGACGCGCCGCACGUGGCCCACACGCGCUCCAAGGUUUACCAGUCGCCGAAGCUGUGGUACCUGCGGGUGACGGUGAUCGAAGCUCAGGACCUCCACAUCGCCUCGAACCUGCCGCCGCUGACGGCGCCGGAGGUCAGGGUCAAGGCGCAGCUCGGGUUCCAGUCGGUGCGGACGCGGCGGGGGUCCAUGAGCAACAACGUGCCGUCGUUCCACUGGAACGAGGACCUCGUCCUCGUCGCCUGCGAGCCCCUGGAGGACUCGCUCAUCUUGCUGGUGGAGGACCGGUCGAACAAGGAGACGCUGCUCCUCGGGCACAUCCUGAUUCCGGUGGCCUCGAUUGAGCAGCGGAUAGACGAGCGGCAUGUCGCCGCCAAGUGGUUCCCGCUCGAGGGCGGCGCCGGUGGCGGAUGCGGAGCUGGUCUGGGGCCUUACUUAGGCAGAUUGUACCUGAGGCUGUGCUUGGAAGGCGGUUAUCACGUUCUCGACGAGGCCGCGCAUGUGUGCAGCGACUUCCGGCCCACAGCGAAGCAGCUGUGGAAGCCGCCGAUCGGGAUCCUGGAGCUCGGGAUCCUAGGCGCACGCGGGCUCUUGCCCAUGAAGUCGAAAGCCGGCAAAGGGUCCACGGACGCCUACUGCGUGGCCAAGUACGGCAAGAAGUGGGUUCGGACCCGCACCAUCACAGACAGCUUCGACCCGCGGUGGAACGAGCAGUAUACUUGGCAGGUCUAUGACCCGUGCACCGUGCUCACCGCCGGGGUUUUUGAUAAUUGGCGGAUGUUUGCCGACCCGUCGACCGAUGAGAGGCCGGAUUGCUGCAUGGGGAAGAUCCGGAUUCGGGUAUCCACAUUGGAGAGCAACAAGGUGUACACCAAUUCGUAUCCGCUGCUGGUGCUGAGGAGAACUGGGUUGAAGAAGAUGGGCGAGAUCGAAUUGGCGGUCCGGUUCGCCUGCCCGUCGCUGUUGCCGGAUACUUGCAUAGUCUAUGGUCAGCCCCUGUUGCCGCGGAUGCACUAUCUCCGCCCACUCGGGGUGACCCAGCAGGAGGCGCUGCGAGGGGCCGCCACCAAGAUGGUAGCCGCAUGGCUCGCGAGGUCAGAGCCUCCGCUCGGCCCGGAAGUGGUCAGGUGCAUGUUGGAUGCCGAUUCGCACACGUGGAGCAUGAGGAAGAGCAAGGCGAACUGGUUCAGGAUCGUGGCCGUGCUGGCGUGGGCGAUCGGGCUGGCGAAAUGGUUGGACGACAUCCGGAGGUGGCGGAACCCGGUCACGACGGUCCUAGUCCACAUCCUGUAUCUGGUGCUCGUGUGGUACCCGGAUUUGAUCGUGCCUACCGGGUUCUUAUACGUGUUCCUGAUCGGCAUCUGGUACUACAGAUUCAGGCCGAAGAUCCCCGCCGGGAUGGACACCAGGCUCUCGCAGGCCGAGUCGGUCGACCCGGACGAAUUGGAUGAGGAAUUCGACACGAUUCCGAGCUCUAAACCCCCCGACCUCAUCCGUCAAAGAUACGACCGCCUCCGACUGCUGGCGGCCCGGGUCCAGACGGUCCUGGGCGACUUCGCGACCCAAGGCGAGAGGGUCCAGGCCCUGGUGAGCUGGAGGGACCCGAGGGCGACGAAGCUGUUCAUCGGAGUGUGCCUCGCCAUCACGCUGAUCCUGUACACGGUGCCGCCGAAGAUGGUGGCGGUAGCCCUGGGAUUCUACUACCUCCGCCACCCGAUGUUCCGGGACCCGAUGCCACCGGCGAGCCUCAACUUUUUCCGGCGACUUCCGAGCCUCUCCGAUCGGCUAAUGUAGAGAUUAUUAGAGCCUUGAAAAGAGAAACACUCGGUAGAAUUAGUUUUUGAAAUAUAUAUUUUUUUUGAGAGGGGAGCCAGCCAAGAUUUAUGGGAAGGGAAAGGGACAAAGGGGCACUGUUUUCGUGUUGGAAAAAGUUGUCCUAGAAUAACGUUGAAUGAUGUUCUUUUGUUUUUGUGGGUUCUGUACUGAAUUGAUUGACUGACCCUAUUCAAAAGCUUUGGAAUAAGAGAAAGCAGGGGUGAGAGAGAGAGAGAGGCUGGUGAAACUAGGGAGAAAAAAA